AUGUACACUCUUUACCACGGAAACAUCGUCCACACACCCAAGCUCGGGGACAUCGAGAUCCUCACAAACCAGUACGUUGGAGUCGAUGCUAACGGAACCAUUGAGUUCGUCAAGCUGGCUCCAGAUUUGCAGCUGGCAUUAGAAUUCGUCACAUCUCAUAAUGAAGUGAGUGACAGAGAAAUCACCGUCAUCGAGACUUCCGAUAGAAAAGCCUCGUUUCUUGUGCCUGGAUUCAUAGAUACCCAUAUUCACGCUUCCCAGUACCCGAAUAUAGGUAUUGGUUCUGAUCUCCCCUUGCUUGACUGGCUCAACAACCACACUUUCGAGCUCGAGUCGAGGCUCAAUGGCUCCAAGGAGGGAAUGGCCUUGGCCAAGGAAAUCUACACCAAAGUGGUCCAUCGCACCUUAACCAAUGGAACUACCUGUGCAUCGUACUUCACCACGGUAGACAAUGAGACGACUAAGCUCUUCGCAGACAUCGUCGCCGAGAAGGGCCAGAGAGCGUUUGUGGGAAAGGUGUGUAUGGACUGCAACGACUCGUAUCCUACUUACAAGGAGUCAAUGGAGGAGAAUGUUUCGAACAUGAGAGACUUGGUCGAACAUUGUCGUCAUUUGGAGCAGAAGGGGUACGAUAGAACACUCAUUUGUCCUAUAAUCACUCCCAGAUUUGCGCCGCUGUGUCUGAGAGAGCUCAUGGAGGAAUUGGGGGAAUUGGCAAAGAGGUACGAUUUGCCCAUUCAGACGCAUGUUUCUGAGAAUAAGGCCGAGAUUGCCUGGGUGAGGUCGCUUUUCCCAGACUGUGCAAACUACACCAGCGUAUACGACAAGUUUGGACUCUUGAACGAAAAAACUAUAUUAGCACACGGCGUCCACUUGGAAGCAGACGAGAAGAUGCUCAUUAAGGCCAAGAACUCCUCGGUGGCUCACUGCCCCAGCUCAAACUCCUUCAUUACCAGCGGAGAGGCUCCUGUCAAAAAGUAUCUAUAUGAGGACGGCCUCAACGUUUCUCUCGGGACGGAUCUCGCAGGAGGGGUUGAACAAUCAAUUCUAGGAGUGGCCAGAUCGCUGGUGAUGGUAUCGCACCACUUGGCUAUGGAUAGUGAGAACGACCCCAAGAUUGGAAUUGCAGAGGCUCUCUACAUGGCGACUGUAGGCGGAGCCAAAGCUUGCAAUUUGUCCAAUAUUGUGGGCACCAUCGAACCCGGCAAGAAGUUCGAUGCACAAUUGAUAGAUUUAGAUGUGAAGGGCACCAACGUGGAUGUUUUCGAUAUCCACCGGCCACAUGGAAACGAAAGCACCGCACAGUUGGAGAAGAAAUUGCUUACUUUGCUUUACAAGUGGGUGUUCACUGGAGACGACAGAAACUGUGUCAGGGUGUGGUGUAACGGCAAACUGGUUGUUGACAAAACAUAG